GGUUUAUUUUCCUGGCGUCUCUGAAUCUGUGUUGCGGGAAGAAAACCUUAGCCAGAGUUCAGCCGAUCGAAGAAUCCCUCUCGUGUCUCAGAGAUGGCGAAGUCGAAGAACCACACUGCUCACAACCAGUCGCACAAGGCGCAUAAGAACGGAAUCAAGAAGCCUAGGAGGCACCGUCACACUUCGACCAAAGGAAUGGAUCCGAAGUUCCUGAGGAACCAGAGGUAUGCGAGGAAGCACAACAAGACGAGCGGCGAAAACGCUAGCGGAGAGGAGUAAGGCUAAAUUUGUGCCUUUUUUUCAUGAAAAUGGGACUCAUCAUUGUCGGUUUUCUAGAUUCAGGAAUUUGAUUAAGCUCCGCUUUUUGUUUAAUUAUGUCUAUGAAAGUUGUGGGUGUACUGUUUUGGACGCCGUAAUCUCGGAGAUUCUUGGUUAUCUUUCUCGUGUUUUUCUACAGUUAUAUGAUUUUUCUCGUUUGGUUGAUUA